AUGUCAGUCGGAGAGGUGAAUUCUGCCGGAAACAAGAUCUACUCGGUGGCGAGAGUGUACGCAGACGUGAACGAGCGCAGGGCGAAGGAGUACUGGGACUACGAGCACUGCACGAUAUCGUGGGGAGACAUCUCGAACUACGAGAUUGUGUCGAAGAUCGGGCGGGGGAAGUACUCGGAGGUGUUUACCGGGGUGAACGUGCUGAACAACCAGGCGUGCGUGAUCAAGGUGUUGAAGCCGGUGAAGCUGAAGAAGAUCUACCGGGAGAUCAAGAUCUUGAAGAACUUGACGGGGGGCCCGAACGUGGUGAAGCUGUACGACUUGAUCCAGGACAAGGACAGCAAGAUCCCGGCGUUGAUUUUCGAGAAGAUCAACAACGUGGACUUCCGGAUCCUCUACCCGAAGUUCACGGCGAGCGACAUCCGCUUCUACUUCACGCAGCUGCUCAUCGCGUUGGACUACUCGCACUCGAUGGGCAUCAUCCACCGGGACGUGAAGCCGCAGAACAUCAUGAUCGACCCGCUCAACAAGAAGUUGAAGCUCAUCGACUGGGGGUUGGCCGAGUUCUACCACCCGGGCAUGGACUUCAACGUGCGCGUUGCGUCCCGCUACCACAAGGGCCCCGAGCUCUUGGUCAACCUCCAGCAGUACGACUACUCCUUGGACCUCUGGUCCGUCGGAGCGAUGAUCGCCGCCCUCAUCUUCAAGAAGGAGCCCUUCUUCAAGGGCGACUCCAACCAGGACCAGUUGGUCAAGAUCGCCCAGGUCCUGGGCACCGACGACCUCAUGGCCUACUGCCGCCGCUACAGCAUCAAGCUCUCCAGCGAGUACGACGACAUCCUUGGCCAGUACCCCCGCAGACCCUGGUCCGCCUUCGUCAACAACGACAACAGGGCUCUCUCGACCGCCCCGCACAUCGUCAGUCUCGUCGACAGCUUGCUCGUCUACGACCACCAGGAGAGACUCACCGCCCGGGAGGCCAUGGACCACCCUUUCUUCAAGCAGUAG